AGUUGGUUAUGGCGCCAGGUUAAGGUUAACCUUAACACCAAUUUCCUGGUGGAGCAAUCCUCCUGGGUUCGAGUCCCAGUCUCAUCAAUGAGUUUCAUUUUUUUACAUCUUACGAUGUUCUUUUUGCUGGAGGGUCUUGGGACAAUGGGGUUAUCGGUUACUGAAUCAUGGGUGCUGCUACGAGGAACUCGGCUCCAUACAGGCGCCUGCGUAUUCUCCACUUCACAAUAAUUAUAUCAGGAGUUUUUGAACGUCGGAUUUGGUUGGAUUCAUGCGUUUCUAGUAUGAUGAUUCGGUAUUUCAACUUGUUUGUGGUAAUUAGACUUACAUUCGUAGGCUUGAGCUUUGAAGGCUUGUUUCUAGGCUGUUCUACGAGGUAUAUGAAGUUUUCUGGACAAGGUAGUUUAUGAAGACCUGUUCAAACAUUCUUCGUUCUGUAAAAACA